AUUUCAAGUUGGUUUCUUACUACCAUCAACGGUACCUCAUGCCCACCAACAAGUACGGCGUCAGUGCAGAACUCCGUUCUCGCGAAGUGAUUUGGAGAGAUCACUAUCACUUUCUUCUUGAGCGGGGCUACCAAUUACGCCCGAGAUAUCAUCCAGAAUGGAUACCAUCUUGGAAACCUGGCAGAGAAGUCAAGGCGGAGGAUUGGUUGUGCCUCAAAGCAAGGGCUGUUGUGAACGAUGCGUUCUCCCUCAAGACUAAAUCGAAAGUUGUCCUCAAACUAAUCUAUCCCGACGAACUGCCGGUUCUUCGAAUAUUGAACUCACCAGCUCUAAGAUCUCUGCCCAACAAUCGUGCAGUCCCUAUCCUGGACGAGAUACAUCUUGAAGAUGACCCGGAACAGCGACUCAUAAUUGUCAUGCCUUUCUUGUGCUGGUUCUUCAGUCCGUCCUUUGAGACUCUUCAUCAGGUCCUCGAUGCCUUCCGGCAAUUUCUCUCGGGCCUAGCGUUCAUGCAUGAGCAUCACAUUGCUCAUAGAGAUGCGUGCUGCUUUAACCUUCUGAUGGAUUCGUCACGUCUCAUACCGAAAGGAUAUCAUUUAAUCGUACCCUGGGGUGCUCCCGAUAUGAAGUCCACCUAUAAAUCACGCAGUCGUUCCUCAGUCCCUCCUAUCGAUUAUUACUUUAUUGAUUUUGAGCUCUCUGUUCUCGUACGCGACGACAACCCUCUGGCGUAUGGUCAAGUCGGUCAAGACCGAUCAGUCCCCGAAUGGGCGACACCGGACGAGCCGUACGAUCCUUUCAAACUUGAUGUCUAUCAGCUUGGAAACGUGUUCCGCGAGACAAUCCUUACGAGAUACCUUGGCCUGGAUGUCCUCGUUCCCUUGGUAGAGAGUAUGACGCGAACGAUACCAAGUGAGCGUCCGACUGCGUCUGAAGCUCUUGCAACACUUGAGUCUAUAAUU